UUUUUUUGUAAAAAUACAAUUACCUCUACAAUCAUCAUUAUUUUUGAGCUGGAACUAGAUCUGUGACUCUGCAAUGAUAGGAUCAACACUUCUCAACGAACGAAGCCGUCAACUGCAACAGGCACAGGCACAGACACAGCGUCAAAACCAGACAUCAAUUCCUAUUCAUUUUUCACCUUUGGCCCAAACCGCUCCUCGGUCACUCUCGCCGGAAGAACAGCUGGCGCGGAUGACUCUUUUGGACGAGCUCAUGGAUGACAUUGGCAUGGGAAAAUUUCAAAUGCAACUCUUGGUUCUCUGUGGAUUGGGGUGGUUUGCUGAUAAUGUAAGUAGCAAUGGCAAAAAAUAAAGGAAAAAAAGUUGAUUUAACAGUAAGAAUUUCUCGUAAAACAUCUAUUUUGUCUUAAACUUGAUUCCAUUCACGUAGAUGUGGCUACAGUGCAUGGCACUGAUUUUACCCCGCGUCCAAG